AUGAGUAAUGUGGGCUCUUCCAUCACCACCAUCACCUCCAAAACAAUUCCUAAGUUAGGCCCCUCCAUUGACAUCUCCAUUGCCAUCCUCUUCGUUGUCACCACCAUCAUCCUCAUCAUUUACUUAUUCUGCUAUCGCUCCGCCGCCUCCCCUUCCCCACCCCUCCACCAGCCAGACAGGAAUGUGAUUGGGCUCAACGAUGCGCUGAGGACUUGGCCAAAGCUCGCCUAUGCUGAAGCCAAGCAUCAAGAUCCAUGGGUGAUCGCCUUCAGCUGCUUCUCGAUCUGCCUUGUCAACUAUGAGGAGGAGGAUGGUGAUGAGGUCUUAAGACUAUUGCCGGAGUGCAGACAUUUAUUUCACUGA